AUGAACUCUGGCUGCAACGGCACACCACGAGGAUCUACGCCAAGGCGAAAGACACGGAGCUGGGGCUCUGUCUUGAGCGUCGAGAAGAUAGUGUGGUGCUCUAGAGCUGACGGCCACGUCUUGUCCCAUCGUGCCCGACCGAGUUCCGCUGCGCGGGUUGCCAGUGCCGUGACGGCUGUUGCUGCUGCGCUGCCGAGAGCUCAGCGAGCCCAGGCAAGACCAUCAGGCGUGGCCACCUUUUCAAUUGUUGCAUCUCGUGAAGGAAAAGUGAAUGUCAAGUGGUUGUUUGACUCGGAUGUUGAGCGUGGCAAUGACUAG